AUGCCCAAAAAAAGUCAUCGAAAGAAAAAAGCCCAGCAAGAGGACUUUAAAAAACCAAAACUUAAAGUUGGCAAGAAGAAACCUCAAGCCAGUAAUUUCACAGAUACAUCCUUCAAAUCUAAAGCAAUCUCUUUACCUGAGCAGAGUAUUGCCAAAGACAAAUCAGAAGAAAUAACCAAUACUCGAAAUUUAACAUUAAACGACCUUGUAACACAAUUAAAACAUUACAAUUCUAUUCAAGGUCUCAGAGAUUUAUUCCAUAAACAUCCCUCCAUUUUAUCACGAUCCCUAUCAACAAUUGUGAAUCCUCUUUCACGCUUACUUGUUGAUGAUGACAGGGGUGUUCGGAGGUCAUUGUUAGCGUUCUUUACGGAAUUCUUCCUAAAGGUGCAAAAGUUUGAGCUACGACCAUUUCUUCCCCUUCUUAUAAUAUAUACGUGCUCGGCAAUGACACAUAUAUAUGAUGAUAUACGGACAGAUUCUAUUAAAUUUAUGGAAUUAUGGCUUGAGAUUGCGCCGGAUGUUGUGAUUGUGCCAAAUUACAUCAGAUUAUUAACUACGGACACCAGCAUCAGUGUCAAUAGUUCAGUUUCCAAUAUUAUCAAGAAUUCAAACCAAUUUUGGCCACUGGAAAUAAAAAUUGAAUUACUAUCAAGUUUUCAUAAAAUUUUAAAACAUGGACUUACCCUUGAAGGGAAUGAAGACACGAAUUUGAUUUUCCUGAACUUUUUGUCUGCUGAACAUUCAAAGCAAUCAGCACAUUUUUCCAAGCAACAUGUUUUUGUAGAUUUAACACAAGCUCAUGAAAUGGCUGAAGCUGCACCUCUUCAUCCAUUGACUUCAACUAUCUUGCCUUCUUUGUUUUCAUCUUCAAUGACUUAUGCCACACAAUUAAAUAUUUUCAACUAUACUACAUCAGUAUCUACGACAGAAAAAGAUACAGAUCGGAUUAAUAUUAGCAUAGAAGCAUCACAGCAUGAUAUAAAUAAAGAAAAGAGUGAUUAUGAUUAUUCAACAACGCAGAAACGUGUGGCUAACACAAAGGAUCUAUUAAAUACUUUAAAUCCUAUACUCCUGUCAUUAUGGUUAGACACUGCACCAUCAGUAUUUGGGACAAUUUUAUCUUUAACUCGUAUAACAUCUGCACUUCAAAUAGUUUAUCUUGUAAUGAAAAUAAUAGUUAUAUUAUGGAGAACAAUUUUACACAUCAUAUUCAUGAAACAGGAUAUUUUGGAUAAACAAUGGAUAGAAAACAACUUAAAACCAUUGCUUAAACACUUUAUAAUAUACUUUCCAUUUGGUGCAGAGUCCUCUGAUGUGUGUGAUGUAAAGGUUGAGAACAUUAUACAAGAAAUGAAUAUUAUAUUUUGUGAAUUGGUGAUAUUAUAUUUGGCUGCAGCAUCUUCAAAUUUAAUAAAAGCUGAUAAGAAUAAAAAAGGCAUAUCAAUCAAUACAGAGACUGGAUUAUCUUUUCAAAAACAAAUUAGUAUGGAGACUGGACCAUUUUUUAAAAAACAAAAAAAGAUUUCUAAACCAGAAACUUAUGAAUUACAUUCUUUGUGGAUAGAAAAAAUUUCUGAAUAUGUUAUACAAAUUUUGGAAUCUGAUAAAGAAUCUUUCUUAGUCAAAUCGCUUCAAAGUUGGGUAUUGAUUUUGCCAAAGUUGUUAUGUGAAUUAAAAGCAAAUAAUUUUGAAACUAGUCAGGAUAUUUUGAAUGUCUUAUGUGAUAUUGCAAAACGUGGAAAUAAAAGUGUUUUAGCGGAAGAGAUUUUGGAACAACUUCAAGUGUCACUAGUACCAUUUUUUUACAUGGAUUCAAAUAAUAAAGAACCUUUAUAUGGGCCAUUUAUAUCAUUACCGCAAAUACACCAGCGUAAAACCAUAGAAUUUCUUUUUUACUGUCCAAGAAUUGUUGAUGAAAUAAUAUUUGCGCUAAAGCAAGUAUUAAAAAGAGAUGAGGCUAUAUCCAUUAAACAUUAUAUUAUGCGUUUAUCUGAAAAGUUUUCAGAACAUCUUUAUAUGCAAUAA